CAUCAUCCCGUACCAUGACAGUGUCGGCCCCGUCAGCAUGGGACAUCAACCCACCGGCAGAGUGGCUCUUGCGACAGGUCGACGCAGCAGGCUCUUCAGGAAUCAAGGAUUCGCGGGCUCUGGUCCACCCACCUCCAGCGCCCACCAAUGCAGAUGAUGAACAGCAGGUAGACGAGUACCACAAGAGGAGAGCAGACUGGCAGCUCGCUCUUUUGGGUCAUCUCAAGUCUCUAGAGGCAAAGGAGAUGGUCACCUUCACCAGCCAGGAUGAGCUCCUGUACACAUUGACGAAGGAAGGUGGACAGAUUGCCAGAGAGGGGUCGCAAGAGUACAGGGUGUGGGCUGCUCUCCCUGCCGGCGGAGAGCAGGGGAAGACUAUGGAUCAGCUCAAGCAAGAGCUAGGCGCUGAUGUUCUCAAGAUUGGUCAAGGAAAGGCCUUUGCAAAGAAGUGGGCAAGGAAAGACCCGACGUCACCAGGAUCUCUGGCUAGGAUGGCAGGAGUAGACAACGUCACAGAUGAGACUGCCGAUGAUCUGCGUCAGGUCAGAGCGACAGGUUCACUAGACGAGAAGAAGGUCGCAGACCUAAAGAAGCGCAAGCUGGUCAACCAGAAGAAGCUGCUUUGGUUCACAAUCUCGAAGGGCCCCAAUUUCAGCCUCACGAUUGAGAAGCUGAUCACCGAUCUGUCAUCAGAUCUGCUACACUCGGGAGCUUGGAAGACAGCUCCUUUCAAGAAGUACAACUUCGAUGCCGAGGCAGCUCUGCCGGCUACAGGAGCUCUGCAUCCCCUACUCAAGGUUCGGGAAGAGUUUCGCAACAUCUUCUUCGAAAUGGGAUUCACUGAGAUGCCCACGAACCGAUUUGUCGAGUCGAGCUUCUGGUGCUUCGACUCUCUGUAUGUGCCUCAGCAGCAUGCUGCUCGAGACGUGCAAGAUACUUUCUUCAUCAAGGAUCCUCCCGCCGCCAAGCACAUUCCAGAAGACUACCUCAAGCGCGUGACAGACGUGCAUGAAGUAGGAGGCUACGGCUCGACUGGCUACCAAUACAAGUUCAGCCGCGAGGUGACAGAAAAGCUGGUCCUGCGGACGCAUACCACUGCCGUCUCCUCUGCCAUGCUGUACGAGCUAGCCAAUCAAAAGGGUGGCUUCAAACCCGCCAAGAUGUUCUCCAUCGACCGGGUCUUCCGAAAUGAAGCCGUCGACGCAACGCAUCUCGCCGAAUUCCACCAAGUCGAGGGCGUCGUGGCCGACUACAACAUCACCCUCGGAGACUUGAUUGGAUUCAUGCAAAUCUUCUUUGCAAAGAUGGGCGUGACGGACCUGCGCUUCAAGCCGGCCUAUAACCCUUACACUGAGCCCUCUCUGGAGAUCUUCUCCUACCACAAGGGACUAGGCAAGUGGGUGGAGAUUGGAAACAGUGGCAUGUUUAGGCCGGAGAUGUUGCGACCGAUGGGUCUGCCGGAAGGAGUGAAUGUUUUGGGUUGGGGACUCAGUCUAGAGAGGCCGACGAUGAUCCGGUAUGGGAUCAACAACAUCAGGGAUCUCGUUGGACACAAGAUCUCAAUUGAGAAUGUCGAGAGGGCGCCUGCUGUGCGCUUCCCGUGAAACUGCCCGUAGGCUGCUGGGCAACGAAGCAGGUCAAGAGCACUAGAGGGACUUCGCUGGUCUGUAAUGAUACAUUUUGCUUGCUUCCUCUUCCCUUCAUCAACCAACGACAUGUGUCAUCGACUUUGCCUUCCUUCCGUCCCCUAACCUCACCGAUAGCUAUCCGCCCUCUUUGCAUUCACACC